GCCUCAUGCUUUCUCUCGCCUCCACAGUUUUCCACCUGUGAUUUCUGCCAUGUUGCUUGGACCUGGGGAACCCCUACUCAUCCCACAAAGGCCCAGUCUUAUGCCUUCUGCCCCCAGGGUGCCUCUGGGCUCCGCUAUGCCCCACCACUUCCUCUGGCCCAGCCUGACUGCAGGGGGCUGGAACUGUCUGUGAUCAGCUGUCUUUCUCCCUCCUGGGGGGUCCUUGAAUGCAAGUCUGGUAUCUAUCUAGUCCUACCUGGGCUCAGAACUGUCCCAGCACAUAGGCCAGACCCAGAGGUGCCCUUGAUGAGAGGUGAGAGGACAAGCCUGCCUGAGCGAUCAAGGCUUUACCGAGCGGGGACCCUGGGAGCCAGGGCUCUGCCAGAUGCAUAGGAGUUGGCGAGACUCCUUGCCAAGGAAGAGAAGUUAGGGUUAAAUGGCUCAGGGACUCAGGCAAUGGGCUGGAACAGGGGAGGGGCCAUCUGGAGGGGUGGGGGCUGUAAGCAAAGGAUGAUGGGCGAGGAAGCCAGAGAAGGGGCUUCCAGACACAGCCUAAGGGAGUCCAGAGCUGGAGUCUAACUUCGCUCAGAGCCUGCACUCCUGUGCCCCUCCAGGCCCCAAAGACUGAGUAGGUGGGGUCAAGGCCAAGCCAGCUAAUCCUGGCCCACUCUGAGCCCCAACCGUGGGCCAAAAAGGCCCAAAGUCACCCCUCCCUGCGCAGGCCUGUGGACCCCCUCACACAGCUGAGGCCUCUGGGCUGCGGGCGGGAAGGGCCUUCCAGCAAUUUCUCGCUUUCCCGCAGCACAACACAGCCUCCCGGCCUUUGCCCUGGUGGCGCCCGGCCUGCUUGCCCUCGCCGGCACGGCUUUGGGCCGAAGAGACCCUGGCCCAGAGCCCUGAGAAUGUCUGAGGGCUUUCAAGGAAGCCAUCCCCUGCCUAGGGAGCCCAUUUCAGGGCCCCGUUCCUGCAGCCUGGCCUCAUCCUCUGAAUCAUUUCUGCACUGACAGACGCCAAGUCUCCUUACUUACCCACACUGCACCGGAGGUCGGAGGAGGGUGUGGGGGACGGAGCUCCCCAUCCCAACUGCAGCUGGCUCCGCCAGGGGCUUUCCCACCAUCGCUGGCCCCAGUGCCAUCUCCCAACCUUUGUCUCAUUGUGCUCUCCCCAGGAGCGCCCUCCAAUGACCACAGCCCUCCCGGCUCACCUGCUGCAGGAAGGCGGCUCAGCCGGCUGCCAACCGAGCUUCUGGCUGGGGAGUCUGGUCGCCCCUCCCCCCAAACACCCUGCGCCCCACUGCCCAGCCCUGGCAGGGCACUCAAAUCGACCUUACAGUGAUUAGGCACCUACUGCGUGCCAGACCAAACCCUACCGGGCUCACCACCUGGCAGCAGCAAGACCCUGGGCGAGGGUCUGGGCACCCUCGGGAGCUGACUGACCCAGCCUUGCCCGGCCCCUGCCCCGCCCCUGCCGGCCUCGGGUGCUGUGCAGACGGUGAAUAAUGCGGCAGGAGUGCCUGGAGGGGCCCUGGCCGGGGCGGCUGGGGGGGUGCUCUCAAAGGGCGCCUGCCAGCCCGGCCACCGCACCCCUGCCCCUGCGGUCUGGGGUCCCUCGGGCGCCCCUCCCCUAGAAGUCCACGCGGUCUCCCGGGCCGGCUGGGGGUCUCCCGCUGACCCCUAUCAGCCCCGCCGGGGCCUUAGGGGCGUGGCCAGCGCAGGGGGGCGGGGCUGAUGAGAGACAGACCGACUGAAAGACAGAGACCUCGAAAGACGCGGUUAGAGACCCAGAGGGCGCCGGCUGCGAAGCGCAGCCCCCGGUCCCGGCUAUUUUUAGUCCCCGCGGACCCCUCUCCAGGCCCAGAGGGGACCUCGCCCUUCCUGCCGCCAGGACCCCGGGCACUAGGGAGUCCUGUGGCACCGGAGAAGUGGCAGCCCCAGAGUCCCCUGUGGGCCCACCCUCUCCGUGACUCGGUUUCCCCAGAAGCCCCAGGAGGGCGGGCCAGUCUGCUCCGCCCGCUCCCUGGCCGGGACCAGCACCCGCACGUCUGCGCAGGCUUCCCCUUCUGGACAGCGGUGUGACACCAGCGCCGCCAGUCAGCAUCGCCAGGUGUCCUUGCGCCAGUGCCCGCCGCCGCCCCACCUGCAGCCUCAGCCCGAUGGGCUGCUGACGCCCCCCCCCGCUCCGCUCCGGUGCCAUGUGGCCCAAUGGCAGCGCCCCGGGGUCCUGUUUCCGGCCGACGAACAUCACGUUGGAGGAGCGGCGGCUCAUCGCGUCUCCCUGGUUCGCCGCCUCCUUCUGCCUGGUGGGCCUGGCCUCCAACCUGCUGGCGCUGCGCGUGCUGGCGGGCGCGCGGCAGGGCAGCUCGCAGGCUCGCUCGUCCUUCCUCACCUUCCUGUGCGGCCUGGUCCUCACCGACUUCAUGGGGCUGCUGAGCACCGGCGCCGUGGUGGUGGCGCAGCACGCCGCCCUCUUCGACUGGCGCGCCGCCUUCGGCCUGCUCUUCGCGCUCCUCGGCGGCCUCUCGGUGGCGCUGUCCUUCGUGCUCAACACCAUCAGCGUGGCCACGCUGUGCCGCGUCUACCACGGCCGCGAGGCCGCCCAGCAGCGCCCGCGGGACUGCGAGGUCGAGAUGAUGGCCCAGCUCACGGGCAUCAUGGUCGUGGCCAGCGUCUGCUGGGCGCCGCUGCUGGUCUUCAUCGCCCAGACCGUGCUGCGGAGCCCGCCCGCCAUGAGCCCCACUGGGCAGCUGUCCCGAGCCACGGAGAAACAGCUGCUCAUUUACCUGCGCGUAGCCACCUGGAACCAGAUCCUGGACCCCUGGGUGUACAUCUUGUUCCGCCGGGCCGUGAUCCGGCGCCUCUACCCUCGCCUCAGUGCCAGGUCCAGGUCGCUCUCCCUGCAGCCCCAGCUCACCCGGAGGCCCACCAUGGCGUAGGGCCAGGGGUGGACAUCGGUGGCGGCUCUGAAACGAGAGCCGGACAGAGCAUCCUGCCAGCGUGUCCCCUAUUUAACCUCAGUCCUCCCCGACAGUCACAUCUGCCCGUUCUGAAAGUCCAGGAGCCGGGAGAGCAGAGUGGACACAGAGUUUGAGUGGUGGGAUUGUGAGGUGUCUUCCAUCAGCCCAGGGUCCCCCCCAACUCUUCCCUGAUCCCCCUUUCCAAGGCCUGUCUCCUCGCUCAGCCCCCUCUCAACCCCAGGAAGGGUGACUGGGGUAGGGAGUGUCUCUAGAGGCAAUUAGACUACUAAGCCCCCUUCCAGAAGUCCUCCAGGGAGAUUGUGACCCCUGAAUAUGACGCACUCUCUGGGGUACCGUUGAUCCCUCUGACACCCCAACCCGAGAAGGCUCUGUCUAUAAAAGAUUGAAUGUGAACGGGCAGGCCACCCCCUCUCUUGCCAAAAUAUAUCUCCGCCGGGCUGUUUUCCUCUGGGUCUAGAAGGCAGUCCUCGAUCGAUGCGCCAUUUGAUCGCGGCAUUUGGGGGCAUCUGGUUGCUAUGUGAGCACGUGGCCUGUGGGCGGGGAGAGCCUAGCAGAUGGGCGGGUGAUGGAGGAAGGGCAGAGAAGCAGAGGUGGGUUCUGGCUCCCCUCCCCACCUCCGUUACUGAGUCUUACUAAGCACUUUACAGGGCGAUCUUCUGGGAUCCUCCCUACAGCCCCUAGAGAGGGUUCUGGUAUUCUAUCCAUUUUGCAGAUGAGGCAAAGAGAGGGAGGGACAUACGCAGACCGUGGAGUGACUGACACCUGCCUCCUCCACUCCAGACGGAGUCACUCCCUCAUAAGCUUUACAUUCAGCUGUUCGUCCGCUCAGCACCCAGACUCCCAGUGCCUUGAACAAACAACACCUGGCCCGUAGUAGGUGCUCAAUAAAGAUUAAUUAAAUGAA